GAAAAAUGGUUGCACCACGUGACUCUCCAUCUAAAAAUUCCAAGAUGGCGGAUCCGCUCAUGGGCUGAGUUCGUUGGUGGCGCGCGCGCCGCUGUGUCCGCGCCGGGCCCUCGCCGCGCAGCUCUCCGUCUUGCCCGUGGCCACUCAGGUUCCCAUUUUGAAAACCAUUAGAAGAUAUUCUGCCACCCUGUUGGAUUACUUUGUAUACAGCUCAGCAUGUCAUUUUGCCCUGGAUUUUAUAUGGUGGCCAUGAUUUAAUACCCACUUCCUAUUUCUAUGUAUUAGUGAAGCAUUGGAGCUCUUAAGAGCUGCUUUUACUUGCCUGGAAACUGAUCUCGAACCCAUUCUCAAAAGGACUAGACGUUACUAGCAAUGAGCUCCCAAAGCCAUCCAGAUGGGCUUUCUGGCAGAGACCAGCCAGUAGAGCUGUUGAAUCCACCUAGAGUGAACCACAUGCCUAGCUCUGUUGAUGUGACCACGGCACUGCCCUUGCAAGUUGCGCCAACUUCAGUCCCGAUGGAUCUCCGCUUGGACCACCAGUUUUCCAUGCCCGUGACGGAACCGACGCUCCGAGAACAGCAGCUCCAGCAGGAGCUUCUGGCGCUCAAGCAGAAGCAGCAGAUCCAGAGGCAAAUUCUCAUAGCCGAGUUUCAGAGGCAACACGAGCAGCUCUCCCGGCAGCAUGAGGCCCAGCUGCACGAGCACAUCAAACAGCAGCAGGAGAUGCUGGCAAUGAAGCAUCAGCAGGAACUCCUGGAGCACCAGAGGAAGUUGGAGCAACACCGGCAGGAGCAAGAGCUGGAGAAGCAGCAUCGAGAGCAGAAACUUCAGCAGCUAAAAAACAAAGAGAAAGGAAAAGAGAGUGCAGUGGCAAGCACAGAAGUAAAGAUGAAGUUGCAAGAAUUUGUCUUAAAUAAAAAGAAAGCUUUGGCACACCGGAAUCUCAACCAUUGUAUAUCCAGCGAUCCUCGCUUCUGGUAUGGGAAGACCCAACACAGUUCUCUGGACCAGAGUUCCCCACCCCAAAGUGGAGUAUCCGGCACCUACAACCACCCUGUCCUGGGCAUGUACGAUUCCAAAGAUGACUUCCCGCUCAGAAAAACAGCAUCUGAACCCAAUCUGAAACUACGAUCCAGACUAAAGCAAAAAGUGGCUGAAAGACGGAGCAGCCCCCUGUUGCGCAGAAAAGAUGGUCCAGUGGUCACCGCUCUUAAGAAGCGUCCAUUGGAUGUCACAGACUCUGCAUGCAACAGUGCUCCUGGAUCUGGUCCCAGCUCUCCAAACAACAGCUCCAACAACAUAAGCGCUGAGAAUGGAAUUACAGGAUCGGUCACGAGCAUUCAAGCGGAGACCAGCCUGGCUCACAGACUGGUGAAUCGCGAAGGCUCGGUGACCCAGCUUCCGCUCUACACAUCACCAUCGUUGCCCAACAUCACGCUAGGGCUGCCUGCGACUGGCCCUUCCAGCGGAGGGUCGGCACAGCAGGACGCCGAGAGACUUGCUCUCCCCACCUUGCAACAGCGGAUCUCUCUGUUUCCCGGCACCCACCUCACUCCCUACUUGAGCACUACAACGCUGGAAAGAGAUGGGGGAACUGCACAUAACCCCCUUCUGCAACACAUGGUCUUACUGGAACAGCCGACUGCACAAACUCCCUUGGUCACAGACUGGUAUCUUUCAGGACUGCCCCUCCAUGCACAGUCUCUGGUUGGUGGAGAACGGGUCUCCCCUUCAAUACACAAACUCCGGCAGCAUCGCCCACUGGGGCGCACGCAGUCUGCUCCCCUUCCCCAGAAUGCGCAGGCCCUCCAGCAGUUAGUGAUCCAGCAGCAGCAUCAACAGUUUUUGGAGAAACAUAAACAGCAAUUCCAGCAACAGCAACUGCACAUGAACAAGAUCAUAUCAAAACCCAACGAGCCAGCUCGCCAGCAUGAAAGCCACCCUGAGGAGACGGAAGAAGAGCUACGGGAACACCAAGCCCUUCUGGAGGAGCCCUACAGCGACAGAGUCGCAAGCCAGAAGGAGUCCCCAGGGCUGGCCAACAUGGUGCAGGUGAAGCAGGAGCCCAUUGAGAGCGAUGAGGAGGAAGCAGAGCCACAGCAGGAGCUGGAGCCUGGGCAGAGGCAGGCCGAACAGGAGCUGCUCUUCCGUCAGCAAGCCCUCCUGUUGGAGCAGCAGCGCAUUCACCAGCUGAGAAACUACCAGGCGUCGCUGGAGGCAGCUGGCAUGCCGGUCUCUUUUGGAGGGCAUCGGCCUCUGUCCCGUGCACAGUCCUCGCCUGCCUCGGCCACCUUCCCUAUGUCUGUGCAGGAGCCACCCACUAAGCCAAGAUUCACAACAGGCCUUGUGUACGACACCUUGAUGCUGAAACAUCAGUGUACCUGUGGAAACACAAACAGCCACCCAGAACACGCGGGGCGAAUCCAGAGCAUCUGGUCCCGGCUCCAGGAGACAGGUCUCCGCAGCAAAUGCGAGUGUAUUCGUGGAAGAAAAGCAACUCUAGAAGAGCUGCAGACAGUUCACUCGGAAGCCCAUACGCUGCUGUACGGCACAAACCCACUGAACAGACAGAAACUGGACAGCAAGAAACUUCUAGGUUCUCUAACAUCAAUGUUUGUCAGGCUUCCUUGUGGCGGUGUCGGGGUCGACAGUGACACAAUUUGGAAUGAAGUUCACUCAUCUGGUGCUGCUCGCCUGGCCGUGGGCUGUGUCAUUGAACUUGUUUUUAAAGUAGCCACUGGAGAACUGAAGAAUGGAUUUGCUGUUGUUCGACCUCCAGGUCACCAUGCAGAAGAAAGCACACCCAUGGGUUUCUGCUACUUCAACUCCGUGGCAAUUGCAGCCAAGCUGCUCCAGCAAAGACUGAACGUUAGCAAAAUUCUUAUAGUGGACUGGGAUGUACACCACGGAAAUGGUACUCAGCAAGCUUUCUACAAUGAUCCUAAUGUUCUUUAUAUUUCACUACAUCGCUAUGAUGAUGGGAACUUCUUCCCAGGCAGUGGUGCUCCCGAUGAGGUUGGCACAGGAGCAGGAGUUGGCUUCAAUGUUAACAUGGCCUUUACUGGUGGCCUUGAUCCACCGAUGGGAGAUACAGAAUACUUAACUGCUUUCAGAACGGUAGUAAUGCCCAUUGCCAAUGAAUUUGCCCCAGAUGUUGUGCUGGUGUCGUCUGGUUUUGACGCGGUGGAAGGCCAUCCUACACCUCUUGGAGGAUAUAAUCUAUCAGCAAAAUGCUUUGGGUACCUGACGAAGCAGCUGAUGGGCCUGGCCGGAGGUCGUGUUGUCCUGGCCCUCGAAGGAGGCCAUGACCUGACCGCCAUUUGCGACGCCUCAGAAGCAUGUGUUUCUGCUUUGCUGGGAAACGAGCUCGACCCUCUUCCAGAAAAGGUUUUCCAACAGAGAGCAAAUGCUAACGCAGUCCAUUCCAUGGAGAAAGUCAUCGAGAUACACAGCAAGUAUUGGCAUUCACUCCAGCGUUAUGCCUCCACAGUGGGGUACUCCUUGGUUGAGGCUCAGAAGUGUGAGAACGAAGAAGCGGAGACUGUAACAGCCAUGGCAUCUUUGUCGGUAGGCGUGAAGCCAGCUGAGAAGAGACCUGAUGAUGAACCCAUGGAAGAGGAACCUCCCCUGUAGCAUUCACCUUUGAGCUGGAGUUCUCCUGUUUGUUCGUCUUUGUCUUGAAGCUCUGCCAAGAAGCUUUCUCUUGUUACUCCUGCGUCCUGUCAUGGUUUUUUCCAGAAUACAGAAGGACAACCAGGUGUAAAACAAAGCAACCGAAAAAUCUCUCCAUAUCUAUAUGCGUCUACAGUAUAUACUUGCUGAAAAAGAAAAAUGCUGGUGAAGAGCAGUGAAGGACUGACAUGCUGGGCACUCUUCCUCUGAUCCUCACUUGGAGCUGAAAGGGGGAAUGACACCCAUGAAGUCUUUGGCAGAGUUGCCAAAAAGUAGAAAUCAAAGAUUCAACAACACAUAUGAAAAUAAAACAAACAAACCUUAAUUUAAAACUGGUGCUUACAAUUUGAUUACCCACAAUUCAGCAAUCUCCGCUUGAACCACUCGACCCAUCUUGUAGUUUCGUUUCUUGGAUUUUUUAAAUGGCUCUUGCCUGCCUGUGAGUCAAAGACAUUCUUGUCAAAACCAGAACAAUGUGAGAUGGUGUAUUUUUAAUGGGGAAGGACAGGGAAAGAGGACUAGUCUUAUAUCAAAAGGAAAGGGAGGGGGGGGGGAAACACAAGAGGAAAUGGUAGCCCAGAUGGAGUCGGCUUUACUAUCUCCAAAGCCAUCUGAAGAUGAGUUCGUGCCUUUUUUUUUAAUUGAUGGAUUUGGUGCAGCUGGAUUUUCUGAAGUUUGAGGAACAAUGCCUUAAGUAAAAAAACAAAACAAAAAAAAACAAAAAACACAGCAGUUCGUGAAUAUUUUUCCUCUGUUUGGGAAAGCCAAGAACUGCCAUCAGGAAGGAAGACUUUUUGGCUUGUGCUGGCAUGAUUGUGGGAAGCAGGCAUCAGCUGAAUAGAGCGUCUCCAAAAACUGUCUACAAGUUUGGAUUUGUUUUGUUUUCUUUCAUUGCUGUUUCAAAAAAAAAAAAAAAUUAAGGUAGUUGCCAAGAAAGUGGCAAAUACUGUUGGGUCUUUGAAAUUUAGCCAUUUUUUAAAUCAAAUUUUCAGAUGUUUUCUCUUCUACAUUAUCUAGCAAUUGAACUUAUCAAUUUGGUUGUUGAAGCAUGUAUUAGACACAAAUGCAGGUUUAAGACUGGAAUGCUUUUUAUAAAAAGCAACUAGCAUGAGAUAUUGCUUAAAUUGUUAGGUAUAAAUAUAUAUAUGUGUAUAAUGUAUAUUCCAAAUGUAUUCCAAGCUUAGAAACCUGAUUCUUAUGAAUUAUUGAUAAAAUAUUUAUAAUGCAUUUAUAGAAAAAUAUAUAUAAUAAAUGCAUACUAUAAUAGUAGCCAUUGAAAGCUCCCUAGGGAAAGAUUUGUGAAUUGGAAUGUAAAGGUGCUUUUGGAAAAGGAUCCAGUUUGAAACUUGAGUACUUUCAAACUAUAGUUUGGAAAGUUUUCAGAACGCCAACACGUUAGCCACUGGGCAACUACCCUAAACAUUUGUAUUUUAAGUUAAGGUUUUUAGUUGUGAUCCUUUUCUAACAAAAAUAAGGUUUUUAUAGCAAAGAUUAUGAAUUUGCUGUUAAUUUUUAUAUCGAUAUUUCACAAAACCCUACCGAAGCCUUGUUUGUGUGAAUCUGACAUUUAUUUUCCAUUUGGCAGUUGUUGUUGGUGGUUUUUUUUCUGAACGGCAACAGUGUCUAAACCUUUUUCCUCCCUGAUUUCUUGCUUGUACAUUAUUUUCCUUUUUUUUUCCUUUUUUUUUAAAAAAGCCUUUUGUACAGCGAGCAGCUUUCUGCAGGCAUAAGGAAUUGUUGCAGGCCGUUGGAUUUUAUUUCUGGAACGUGUGCAUUUAUCGGAGAGGAGGGAACGCAAUGGGCUCUUUUGUAUAAUGAUACCCACGACUGUAUAUUUCCUCAGUUCUGUUCUCAUAGCUCUGUAAAGAAAAUAAGGCGUUUUUGUACCUUACACGUAGUAGUAUUGCAAUGGGUGAUCGUCUUUAAUCCUCCCCGUGGGUUGCAGUGAGGAUCUGCCUUUAGCAGCUACCCUCUGGCGGGCUGGUCGGCCGCCCUUGGGACAGCCGGCGUUUUCCCUGUCGCGCACACAGAUACGCACCAACACACCCGCGCACGCACGCUCUGUCUCUCUCUCUCUCUCCUCUUCUUUCCGAAUGACCGUGACUGGUGGAUUUGCAACUUCAGCCGUUUGAAGAGCUUUUUCCUAAAUUAUUUUUCGGAGGGCGAGCGAGUUUAUUCUCCAGCCCUGGUGGGGUUCCCCCACCAUCACCUUUUGCAAACGGCCCAGAGGAGAAGCAGCUAAUCCCUGGGUUGAUUGAAGGAGACCGAAUUGACACGUGUAACCUUCUUAAACCUUCUUAAACCUUGAAGUAGGGUAGCACAGGUCCCUCGUCUGAACAACCAAGGGGUAUAUUUUUAGUUUAUGCUAUUAUGACAACUGACAGGGUCAUUUUUGUCGUAACUUAUUUUCCAGUUCUCGAAGGGGCUCUUUUCGCCCCCUUCAGAACUUCCUCGUGGAAGGAAUUUGAAGCAUACCAUCCAUGUGAGCAAAUGCGAGAGGGCUUGGUUUUGGUUUGACGUUGAUAAUGCGAUUGCAAAAACAGACACUACCGUAUUUGAGUUUUGCUAACCCAAGUACUUUUUAAAAAAUUGCGCAUAGCUUUGGUCGUUGGAGCCGUCUUUGGCAUACGCUAAAAAUCAGGCUCGCGUGCGGAAACGCAGCAUACCUGUAGAUGUCGUUUCUUAAAGCGACCACUUUGCUGCCGUGAUCUAAAAUUAAUCUGGCUCGCGAAUCUGGUGACUUAAUAUUUAGAAUAUUCACUUAGCCAGUUGCAAGACGUUGGCGGUAACCACGUGUACAUGAUCGCUUUUGUUGUCAGGCCUUCCUAGCAGUUUUAUAAUUUGUGCUAGCGCUUGUGGAAAAUCGGUUUUUAUGUUCCUGAGGAAUUGCUGACCGACCGUGCCGGCUUGGUUUCGUUUCAAGUUAGGUGGCUGUAGCGAGACACUCAGCAGCUUUCUGUCAUGUUGCUUUCGGGACGCCGUGCCCAUUCCCUUAAAUCAUUUCGCUAAAGCUUUCACUGGAGAUGGAAAGAUUUCCCAAGGCUUUAAAGCUUGUCUCCUCCCAAGUCUCGAUCGGGCGGAUUUGCUUCUUAAACCUGCCCGCUCCGUGGGUGAGGUCCAGAUCAUCUAGGAGCCGGUGCGGACAGCAGGCAAAAGGGGCCCCUCGUUUGGAGGAUAGCUGGGGUUUAUAUGGUUUUUUUAUCAUUAUUAUUAUUUUCCCCCCACCUUUGGAGCCGGCAGCUUCUUCCUUUUCGCUGACGCUGCUGCAGGGCCUCCGCGCAGCAGGGAGCACGGGGGGAUCUCUUCCCCCCGCUUGGAAGGCAAGGAACAUCUUGAAAUCGUCGGAUAUCGAAACGAGUCCCAGUGUUUGCAGUACGCGAUUAAUCAUUUGUUUUUUGGGUUUUUUUUUUUUUUGCUUUCGAUACAAAACAUUCCUUUUUUAUUAGUCGCAGUCAUGUAUUCAUUCCAUUCUUCCUUUUGUAAACUUUUUGGGCCCACGUCUUUUAUGGGCAUUGAUAUAUAUAAAUAUAUAUAUAAAUAUAUAUGAAUAUAUUUUUUUAAGUUUCCUACACCUUGAGGUUGCAUGGUCUGUAAGGUUGGCAUGUCUUUAUAUUGUAUACAGAUUUUGCACGCCAAACUUGGCAGCUUUGAAAAAGAAAAAAAAAUUGUUUUUUUUUUUUUCCUCUCGUGGCAUUUGCGGAGACAAAGGUUGGGACAUUUUUCGGUCACAAACACACACUCACACAAACACACACAGGAAGGAGAGUGGGAAAUUUUUUUGCGUCUUACUGAACUUAAUAAGAAAUUGUGCUUUUUAUUGUAAAAAAAAGAAUAAAUAAAAAGGACUACUUAAACAUUUCUCAUUUUAAGAAGAAAAAGACGUUUAUCUAGCACUUGUGACUUACCAAUAAUAGAGUUUAUUGUAUUUAUGUGGAAACAGUGUUUUUAGGGAAACUACGCAGAACACACAAAGUAAACUGCCUGUGUCUUUUUUUUUUUUUUUUUUUAAUUUGGUUGGGUAUUUUAAUUUCUUCACUGGGUGGGGAAGUUGGACACAACCCUUUGUCAACACAUGUAGUCAUGAAUUCUGAGAAGAUGAAUGACGAGGACUUUAAAGAGUUAACUCUUCAGCACAGCUGUGUUAACUUUUUUAAAAUUGCUUUUACAUGAUGUAUUGGUAGGUUUCACUUUAAACAGUCCUGUACUGUGCAACACUGUGGUUUAAAAUGAGACUUUACAUCAAAAGGAAAACAUGUUUCUUCAUUGUCAUGAAGUUGAGCUCGUUCUCAGCUCAUCUUCUCUUUGUCUUUGAUAUUGAUGAAAAAGUAUCCUAUUGAAAGAAAAUAAAUUAACACUUUUCUGUGCUCCAUAGUGGAGGCGCUAUUUUCCAAUUUAUGAGGAUGACAAACUUAUAUAUAUAAUAUAUAUAUAAAAGUGGGGGGAGGGGUUGAAACAUUAUUCACCCAAGAGCUUAUUACAGAUAUGUAGUAUCAAAAAGUUGUAACUAUAUUAUAUUCUACUUUAUACCUAUACAUGCUCAGUAUGACGUCACCAUUGGUAGCAGCUACCGGUUUACGAUGUAAUUUAGACACAGUUUCACUCUUAUUGUAUGGACCCUACUUUAAGUGAUGGUAGCAUUCUUUGUGCUAAAUUUUCUGAUGGUCCUUUCUUUUACUUGGUGGAGUUGGAAUAUUUUUUUCAUUCUUGUUUUUUGUUUGUUUUUUGUUUUGUUUUGUUUUUUCUUUUUUCCUUUUUUUUUUUUUUUACUGGCCAAUGGUGUCUUUCUCUGACAGUACCAACUUCAAUUUCAACUUUAUUAGGAGUCCAGUAUUUUGUACCACAUUAUGACAACUUGUUAUUCUUGUGGUGUAAAUAAAAAGAAAAAGUUAAUUAUAGUA